UUCAUAUAACGGUUUUGAUUUUCUUUACUUUUAUCUUUAGCUAAUUGCUUCACUUUUGAUGAAAUUAAGUUGCUUACAUCUGACUUUAAGCUUUUUUUGGAGUAAAUCUAAAGUUGGGGCUUAAUAAGUGUCCCAAAACUAAAGUUUGAACGCUCUGUUAGACUUAAUAAGGCUUAAAUCUUGAUUAAUUCUGCUGCUAUUGCUAACUGGUGAGAUAUAUUGUCGUUUGUUUACAUCAGAAGGAAGUUGCAAAUAUGGUAAACACUGACCAAGAAAUUGAUCCACUAAUUGAUGAAAAUAACCACCAACCCCAAGAUUUGGCAAUUGAAAUCACUGAAGAAGACUUUGAGCUUGCUCCUGAGUGUUGUAUUUACAAGGUCCCUAGUUGUUUUCGUGAAGCAAACCAAAAAGCCUACACUUCGCAGUUGAUUCCAAUAGGGCCUAUUCAUCAUGGUAACAAAAUUUUGGCUCGAAUGGAGAGGCAAAAGCAGAGAUAUUACAACAAAUUUUGUCAAAGGACUUCCAAGAAGACAUUGGAAGAAUUUGCCAGCUUCAUCAAAGCGCAUGUAGGGAUUUUGAUUAAUGGAAUGAGAAGUACUGCAGCUGUGGCAAAUAUGAUUAACAAUCGCAGGACGGGAGUCGCAUCACUUACUUCGGGCUAUGACGAAAUCGCAAAGGAUUUGAACGAGUAUUAUGAUAAUUCGUGGAACCGUACAAUGGCAACCUUGAAGCUUGUUGCUGCUUUCAUUGUGGUUGUACUGACUCUCACACAAACUGUGUUGGCAAUCUUGAAAUGAGUAAUGCUUACAAAAUAAAUAUUCUUACUUGUUGUAGUAUUCGUAAAAAUAAUUUUGGAAUAAUAAUGGAAUAGAAGAUAAAAAGAUAAAAUA